GUGAAACCCCUGCACCCAUUAACACCUGUGCCGGCACCCAGAGUGCCAAUUCCACACUAGGUGCCAAGCUAGAGCCAUGCACCCUUUGAAGGGGCUGUGUGUAUGCCUGGAAGGGGACGAGGAAGGAGACAGGCUGAGAGCACCAGAAACUAAAACUCUGUUGAUUCACAGGUGUUCCUGUGUCACCUCCUGCUCCUGCCCGACAAAGAUGCACCCAGGUCAUAAGGGGCACUGCCAUGGUGGUCCACCUUCACCUCACCCUCCUGGUCAUGGGCACCCUCCUGGUCAUGGGCACCCCCAUGGUCAUGGGCACCCUCCAGGUCAUGGGCACCCCCCUGGUCAUGGGCACCCUCCAGGUCAUGGGCACCCCCCUGGUCAUGGUCCAGGACACUGUCCUGGACCAAUGCACCCGCCAGGACCUGGUGGACCACACCAUGGCCAUGGCCAUGGCCAUGGCCCAGGGCACCCCCAUGGUCCACAUCAUUGAGGAAUAAGAAGAAAACAAGACACUAGAAAAGCCUGAGCGGGCUGCCCUGCUAACUUGCCAUGGAACCUGAACCAACAUCUUCUCUUCCUAAUAAACAGCUUCCUGGAAGCUGUGUUCUAUUCUAA